AUGUCUGAUAGUCCAUUGAGCAAAAGACAAAAGCGGAAGUCCGCCCAAGAACCAGAAUUAUCUCUUGAUCAAGGUGAUGCCGAAGAAGAUUCGCAGGUAGAAAACCGAGUUAACCUAAGCGAGAAUACACCAGAGCCGGAUCUUCCUGCGUUGGAAGCAUCUUAUUCCAAAUCUUAUACUCCCAGAAAGCUUGUUUUAAGUUCUGGGGAAAAUCGGUAUGCCUUUUCUCAACCUACAAACUCAACAACCACGUCAUUACAUGUACCGAACUUGCAACCACCAAAAACCUCUUCUAGGGGUCGCGACCAUAAGUCCUACUCUCAAUCACCACCAAGGUCUCCAGGAAGAUCGCCAACUAGAAGAUUAGAAUUGCUCCAGCUUUCGCCAGUGAAAAAUAGCAGGGUUGAACUACAAAAAAUUUAUGAUAGGCACCAGUCGUCGAGCAAGCAACAGAGCAGACUAUUUAUUAACGAACUAGUCUUAGAGAACUUCAAGUCCUACGCUGGUAAACAAGUAGUAGGACCCUUUCAUACUAGCUUCUCGGCCGUGGUAGGCCCCAAUGGUUCAGGUAAAUCAAAUGUCAUCGAUUCCAUGUUAUUUGUAUUUGGAUUUAGAGCGAACAAGAUGAGACAGGACAGAUUGUCGGAUUUAAUUCAUAAAUCAGAAGCUUUCCCAAGUUUGCAAUCAUGUUCCGUAGCUGUACAUUUUCAGUACGUUAUUGAUGAAUCUUCGGGUACUUCCCGAAUCGAUGAAGAAAAACCUGGAUUGAUCAUUACAAGGAAAGCCUUUAAAAACAACUCAUCGAAAUAUUACAUAAACGAAAAAGAAAGUAGCUACACAGAGGUGACAAAGCUUUUAAAGAAUGAGGGUAUUGAUUUAGACCAUAAACGAUUUUUAAUUCUACAAGGUGAAGUAGAGAAUAUUGCUCAAAUGAAGCCUAAAGCAGAAAAAGAGAGUGACGACGGACUACUGGAAUAUCUGGAGGACAUAAUUGGAACUGCAAACUAUAAGCCGUUAAUUGAAGAGCGAAUGGGACAGAUUGAGAAUCUAAAUGAAGUUUGCCUGGAAAAGGAAAAUAGAUUUGAAAUUGUUGAUAGAGAAAAAAACUCUUUAGAGUCAGGGAAAGAAACGGCGUUAGAGUUUUUAGAGAAGGAAAAGCAGCUGACGCUUUUAAGAUCAAAAUUAUUUCAAUUUAAAUUGUUGCAAAGCAACUCUAAACUUGCCAGCACCUUGGAAAAGAUCUCCUCUUCGAAUAAAGACCUCGAAGAUGAGAAGAUGAAAUUUCAAGAAUCUUUGAAAAAAGUGGAUGAGAUUAAAGCACAACGUAAGGAAAUAAAAGAUCGAAUAUCAUCUUGUAGCUCGAAAGAAAAGACCCUGGUUUUAGAAAGAAGAGAAUUAGAAGGCACCAGGGUGUCUCUAGAAGAGAGAACAAAAAAUUUGGUAAGUAAAAUGGAAAAAGCAGAAAAGACUUUGAAAUCCACCAAACAUUCAAUAUCGGAGGCCGAGAAUAUGCUUGAAGAGCUUCGUGGACAACAAACCGAACACGAGACGGAGAUCAAAGACUUGACUCAAUUGCUGGAAAAGGAACGAAGUAUACUUGAUGAUAUUAAACUAUCUUUGAAAGAUAAAACGAAGAAUAUAUCUGCAGAGAUUAUUCGGCAUGAAAAGGAACUGGAGCCUUGGGACCUCCAACUUCAGGAAAAAGAAUCACAGAUACAAUUGGCUGAAUCCGAACUAUCUUUGUUGGAGGAAACUCAAGCUAAACUGAAAAAAAACGUUGAAACUUUAGAAGAAAAAAUUCUUGCCAAGAAAACACACAAGCAGGAGCUACAAGAUCUUAUCCUCGAUCUGAAAAAGAAGCUGAACUCACUUAAAGAUGAAAGGUCGCAAGGUGAAAAGAAUUUUACUUCUGCUCAUCUAAAGUUAAAAGAAAUGCAAAAGGUUUUGAACGCGCAUCGCCAGCGUGCAAUGGAAGCUAGAUCCUCUUUAUCAAAAGCUCAGAAUAAAAGUAAGGUUUUAACAGCUUUAUCGAGACUGCAAAAGUCAGGACGUAUAAAUGGUUUCCAUGGACGUUUGGGCGAUUUGGGCGUUAUCGACGAUAGUUUUGACGUUGCUAUUUCUACUGCUUGUCCGAGACUAGAUGAUGUCGUGGUUGAUACUGUAGAAUGUGCGCAACACUGCAUCGACUACUUAAGAAAAAACAAACUUGGUUAUGCAAGGUUUAUUCUCUUGGAUAGGUUACGCCAAUUCAAUUUACAACCUAUCAGUACACCAGAAAAUGUACCGAGACUAUUUGAUUUAGUUAAACCUAAAAACCCAAAAUUCUCAAAUGCAUUUUACAGUGUUCUUAGAGACACUUUGGUUGCUCAGAAUUUAAAACAAGCCAAUAAUGUAGCAUAUGGGAAGAAAAGAUUUAGAGUUGUCACUGUGGAUGGGAAAUUAAUUGAUAUUUCUGGUACAAUGAGUGGUGGUGGCAACCAUGUAGCAAAAGGUCUAAUGAAAUUAGGUACGAAUCAGUCAGACAAGGUUGAUGAUUACACCCCCGAGGAAGUAGAUAAAAUUGAGCGUGAGCUAUCUGAAAGAGAAAAUAACUUCCGCGUGGCAAGCGAUACGGUCCACGAGAUGGAGGAAGAACUGAAAAAAUUGAGGGACCACGAACCAGACUUGGAAUCACAAAUAUCAAAGGCAGAAAUGGAAGCUGAUUCCUUGGCGAGUGAAUUGACACUGGCAGAACAACAAGUGAAAGAGGCAGAAAUGGCGUACGUCAAGGCAGUUAGUGACAAAGCGCAACUAAACGUGGUGAUGAAGAAUUUGGAACGCUUGAGAGGCGAAUACAAUGAUUUGCAAUCCGAAACAAAAACUAAAAAGGAAAAGAUCAAAGGCUUGCAAGACGAAAUCAUGAAAAUUGGUGGUAUCAAAUUGCAAAUGCAAAAUUCAAAAGUUGAAUCAGUUUGUCAGAAAUUGGAUAUUCUAGUGGCCAAACUUAAAAAAGUCAAAUCUGCCUCAAAGAAGUCAGGAGGAGAUGUCGUAAAGUUUCAAAAACUGCUCCAAAACUCUGAAAGAGACGUAGAACUAUCAUCAGAUGAGUUAAAAGUCAUCGAAGAACAACUAAAACAUACAAAACUGGCUUUGGCAGAAAAUGACACAAAUAUGAAUGAGACGCUCAACUUGAAAGUUGAAUUAAAAGAACAGAGCGAACAACUGAAGGAACAAAUGGAGGACAUGGAGGAAAGCAUCAAUGAAUUUAAAUCUAUAGAAAUCGAAAUGAAGAACAAGCUGGAAAAAUUGAACUCACUGUUGACGUACAUCAAAAGUGAGAUAACGCAGCAAGAAAAAGGAUUAAACGAACUAUCAAUUAGGGAUGUAACCCACACCCUGGGAAUGUUAGACGAUAAUAAAAUGGACUCAGUGAAAGAGGAUGUUAAAAACAAUCAAGAACUUGAUCAGGAAUACCGGUCCUGUGAAACUCAAGAUGAGAGUGAAAUAAAAGACGCUGAGACUUCUUGUGACAAUUAUCAUCCUAUGAACAUUGAUGAGACUUCAGAUGAGGUAUCCAGAGGGAUACCAAGACUUUCUGAGGACGAAUUAAGGGAGUUGGACGUAGAACUGAUUGAAAGUAAAAUAAAUGAAUUGUCAUAUUAUGUCGAAGAGACUAACGUGGAUAUUGGAGUUUUGGAAGAGUACGCUAGGCGCUUAGCAGAGUUCAAAAGAAGGAAGCUGGAUUUAAAUAAUGCUGUUCAAAAAAGAGAUGAAGUUAAGGAACAAUUAGGAAUACUUAAAAAGAAAAGAUUUGAUGAAUUUAUGGCUGGCUUUAAUAUCAUAUCAAUGACCCUAAAAGAAAUGUACCAAAUGAUUACUAUGGGUGGAAAUGCUGAAUUAGAACUUGUGGAUAGUCUAGAUCCUUUUUCUGAAGGAGUUACGUUUAGUGUUAUGCCUCCUAAAAAGAGUUGGAGAAAUAUAACAAACCUUUCAGGUGGUGAGAAAACACUAAGCUCCUUGGCUUUGGUUUUUGCUUUACAUAAGUAUAAACCAACCCCCCUUUAUGUCAUGGAUGAAAUAGAUGCCGCUCUGGAUUUCAGAAAUGUCUCAAUCGUAGCUAACUAUAUCAAAGAAAGAACCAAGAAUGCACAGUUUAUUGUUAUUUCGCUGAGAAAUAACAUGUUCGAAUUAGCACAACAGUUAGUUGGUGUUUAUAAAAGAGAUAAUAGAACCAAAAGUACCACGAUUAAAAACAUAGAUAUCUUAAACAGAACUUAG